AUGACGACAACUACAACUAUGGCGGAUAACCCCGUCUGGAAAGCCGUGAAGCCAUUCAUGAACGGUGGUCUCUCAGGGAUGGGCGCGACGUGCGUGAUUCAGCCGAUCGAUAUCGUCAAAGUUCGAUUACAACUCGGCGCUUCUGGGGGACCUAUCGGUGUUGCCGCCGGGAUCAUCAAAAACGAUGGUUUUGGUGCCCUUUACACCGGUUUGUCUGCCGGUCUGUUGCGUCAAGCGACGUACACGACGGCUCGUCUUGGUAUCCACGCUGAGCUCGUGGAUUACCUGAAAAAACAAAACAACGGCGAGGCUUUGCCGCUCGCGCAAAAAGCCGGAGCUGGUUUAGCGGCCGGUGGUUUAGGUGCCAUCUUUGGUUCACCUGCAGAUUUAUCAUUGAUUCGUAUGCAAGCGGAUAAAACAUUACCUGCCGAUCAAAGAAGAAAUUACACUGGUGUUGUUCACGCUUUGAGCGACAUCGUCAAGAACGAAGGCGUUGGAGGUUUAUUCACUGGUGCGAGCACCACCGCUAUUCGUGCAAUGGCUCUCAAUAUGGGUAUGCUUGCCUCUAACGACCAAGCGAAAGAGAUGUUAGCUGAGCAAGGCUUCACCGGCUUUCCGAAGACAUUCAUCGCAUCAUCCAUCUCUGGUUUCUUUGCCUCCUUCUUUUCGUUACCUUUUGAUUACGUUAAGACGAUGUUACAAAAGCAGAAAGUUGAUCCAGUGACGGGUAAAUUCCCAUAUUCUGGUAUGGCGGAUUGCGCGAUGAAGACGUUUGCCGAAGGUGGUCCGCUGAAAUUUUACACUGGCUUUCCCACGUACUAUGUGCGAAUCGCCCCGCACGCCAUGAUUACGCUCAUGGUUUUAGAUUCCAUUCAAAAGUUUCAGAAAGAUAACGGGCUUUAA